GUGACUGGCCCAAAGUCACCCAGUUGGCUCCAUGGCCGAGCGGGGACUAGAACCCAGGUCAUCUGAGUCCCAGUCCCAUGCUCUUAACCACUACACCACACUGGCUCUCUAUCUAUCUGUGCAGAGCCACCUUGUGUACAACUUCUUGAAGCACUGGUAGUUACUCAUGGGGUUCAGCUUCUCCGUCUUGUCUAGUAAAAGAAAGAGCAAACUUUAUUCAUUAUACGUCUAUGCCACCCAAAGCUCCCUGGGCAGUUCACAAUAAUUAACAGUUAUGUAAAUCUAUGACUGUACUGCAUAGUUUAUUGCUCAGGUGCUUGCCUGGGGAACAUUUCCAGUUGUCACAGAUGUGACAUUUGAGGAUUGGAUAAAGGUGGUAAGUAUGUAUUAAGGGAAAUUAUUUUCUAGUGUAGUGUAUAAUUUCCAGUGUAGUAUUGAAUGAUUACUGGUAAUUAUGCUGCAGAAAUCCUUUAAGUAGAUUAUCCAAACUAUAAGUGACUCCUUGUGAAGCAGGGACAAUGAGAUUGCACUCAAGAAAAUACUGCUGCUGAUUUUCAUAAUUAAACCAACCAAAAGAUUGAUUUAAAGUGAAGAUACAAAUCAUAAUUAAGAUCAAUAUUAAAAGAUCUAAUUUACAUAUUCAUCAUUUGUAAAUCAUAAAUUUCCUGUAGAAGUGUGCAUAUUUGUUGACUGCUGUGAUACUUGAUUUGCAACUAAAUAGGAGACUCACAUAACAAUCCUAUGGUCCCUGGGGCAUCUCAGGUGCCAUAGGCUACCAUGGAUUUCCUUCUGCUAAGGCUGCAGAUACAGGUAUGAUCUAUGGGGAAGAAAAUUUGAGUCACAGGUCAUCCUAUCCUGACCCUCCUUGCCAACCAACUUAGAAGAGAGAAAAGGGGGCAAGAUGGUGAGACAGGAGAGAAAUACAUGGAUUUCUUAGAUGCACAAACCUCUCCAUUCCCUUCCCUGCCUAACAAGAGGCAAGUUAGCUAGAUAGGCUGAGAGGCUUGCCUUCCUACACAUAACAAAACUGGAGAAAUUGGAGACUGUAAAAGCCUCUGUUCUGCUGCUGCUCUGCUUGUCUCUUGCCAGCAGGGCACUGGUAGAUACCAUCUAGUAUUUGGUAACAUAAACAACAGUCAUUGAUCAUGUAGUCUAUGAACCUUUUGCUGUAUACUAUUAUCGCCCUUUGGCACAAAAUGGGGCAGCUGCCAAUUUAAGGAAUUUCUGUUUGGCUCACAUGCAGUACUUACUUGAAUUUUCUAGAACCUUACAGGGCAGAUUUUUUUUCAUUUAUUUGAUACAUUGAUAUCCUCCCUUUUCCCUGCAGCUUACAUAAACCUGUUCCUCUCCAUUUUAUUCUCACGUGAAGUCUGUGAGUUAGGUUAGGUUGAGAGCCAGUCACUGAGUGAACUACAUGGCUGAGAUGGGACUAGAACUUAGAUCUCCUGAGCCCCAAUUCAGCCCUCUAACUACUAUACCACACUGGCUCUUCAUGAGAUAAAUAAUAUGCCUGCUAACUCAUAGAUACUCAUAACUUGAAAGGUAAGUAUGUUAUGGAAUUAAAGGAUAUAAAAGAGGCAUGCAAGAUUGCCCAGAUGGCAUUGGUAGGUGAUCUGAAUUCUAGUGCUUCUAAUGACUUGGCAAUUCCUUAGUCCAGAAGAAGCCUAUGACAUUAAAUGUAUUACUAAUUGUAUCAUAUUUAUAAUGUUUGAUAUCAGUAUUCAAAUAUUUUCACUAUAUUUUGUUACAUAAAAAGUAUGAUUCCAUUCCAUUUAUUAUAUUUCUGUACUGCCCAAUUAUACUAUACUUUCUGGAUGGCUUACAGGGAUUUAUUUAAUAAAGGAUCUUGAUUUCAGUUUCAGAUUGUAAGUAUAGGAUUUUAAUUCCAUGGUAAUUCUAGAACUAACAGUAGCAUGGUAACGUUAUUAGAACCGACAGAAAUAAUGAAGUUUGCAUGCAAACUUUCAAAUUCACCAGAGUUCUUUCUGAUACUGGAUAUUAAGCAAAGCAAAACAAAGGUGGGGGAGAUGUUGGCAAUUGUGAUGAGAGAGCUCUUGUCCAUUGUUGAACAGUUAAGAUGAAGUGAUGGAAACUUUGGCUGCAAGGUUUACUGGGGAUUUAAUUCCAUUAAACUUAGUGGGAUGUACUUUUGAAAAAACAUGUUUAUGAUUGCUUUGAAAAUUGGGUUAGACUUUGUAUUGUGCAAAAAAAAUCAGUUUGCACCAAGGCAUCAUGAGGCGGAAGGAACAACUGCUCCUAUCCUUUUGAAAAUAUAAAAUCAGUAGCAACUUCCCUUGCUGCAGCCUGAUAUCUUUCUACAUUAGGCAUCAUCUCAGCUCAUUGUGAGUGCUAUUCUGUACUCCAGAUAAGCUGUCUGAGGACCUUUAGAAUUUGGUGGAAGCCCCCUAAAUCCAGAGGUUUUGAGAUAUACUCCUACCAGUGAAAAUACUGUGGUGUUACAUCAAGCGUAUGCUAGCAUUGAUAGAAUUUUACCAGUAGAGGGAAAAAACUGAGUUGGUGACAGGAGUUGCUUCAAAUACUAAGCUCUCCCAGAAGGUGCUUCUGGUACCUAUUUCUACUUAGGUAUAACAUUGACUCACCAAAAGGAGUUGGCAUUAAGUCAUAACUGUCCCAUUAAACUGAAUAGAGGAAAAGAAAGAAAAAACACUGCCUUGAUGUAGUGCAGGAUUAAGAUGAAACCUGCAGCUAAUCACAGCACUUGUGCACCUAUAUAUAAACCUCAUGGAGCACCACUAUAAUUCAAAUGAUAAAGCAUGCAACAUGGAGCACUCUCUCUCUCUGGCUUCAAGUGUGCUUCAACAUGUACACAACAAGAGGGAACUUUAGUUAAAGGAACUUCAGAAAGAAGGCUCUUGGCACAAGAAGGGGAGCAUCUUGCACAAACAACCUGGCCUCAAAACACACAAACAAGCACAUUGCUAACACUUGUUGUCUUAGAACAACCACAGGUACUUUGCCUCAAGAAAAGCCCAACAGCAAGUGCACUCUACAACUGGGGAAGCAAGGACAAAGCACCUCACACUGGUAAGCAAGGAAAGGGGGGAGUUUAUGCUUCAAAGUACAACUGCUGCAAAUGUCUCCCCCUCCCUUGCAACCUAUGGAAGCUGUCUCUUGACUAAACUGUAUUGGUGAAAGGAUCCUUCCUUCCUCAAUAAAUAGAAGCAGUUUUUCCCACACAGGAAGCCCAAGGUUAACCAUAUGUUGUGCAAAAAGGGGUGGAGCCCUAGUGGUCAUGAAACCCCCACAUGAAAAUAAACUCUGUUAGUAAGGGCCAGGCACUUGAUCUAUUGCCACAGCUAGCCAAACACUUAUGAUCCCUUUUGCCUUACAGGAUUACAGCCAGGUCACUUGGAACAGAACAAAUAUUGUACAGAAUUGCUGAAGGGGAAAGGCAACACUCUACCAGAUACAGAGGACAGAAUGUUUUCUACUCCCAAUGUUAUGCAGACCUCAAAUGAAGCCUAAAGCAAGACCAGUAGCUGUGACCAGUAUAAUUCCAGCUAUUCCUCUGACUCACUUCAGCUGCCUUAAGGAAAGGCAAGAUAAACAUUGAAAUAAUAAAUAUAUAUCUGAUUAUGUUAAAUAAAUGUUUCAUUGUGGUGCAGCUGUUUCUUUUUCAGUGGGAAUGGAAGCUAGGGAUCUCUUACCCCCAAAAUGGUUCUCACUGGCCUUAGGAUUGCAUUCUGACUAGGGCAAGGGUGGAGGAAGGGACUUUUCUUGUUAUGACUCCAUUCCCUGGCCUUUUGACUUACAGUAGUCUCCUUAGAGCUCUCAGGUGGACUAUAGAUAACACAGUCAGCUGGCAUUGGGAUGGAGGUGGCAAAAUGAAUUAUGAUGUCUGGUACAAUAAGCAUCGGGCCAGCCAGCCCAUUAUGUUUCUCCAUUCAGCACUCCCCUGACUACCUGGCACAGCACUCAUUUAGAUGUGCCAGUCAUUCAGAUGGAUAUUCUGUCUGUUCGCAGGGUGCAUCUGAGGCUUAAACCUGAGGCCUCUUGCUUGUGAGAACCAUCUCCUGUUUCAUGGGGCUAAAGUUCCUUAUAUAACUUUGGUGUUCCUGGUGUAAAUUACUGGGUUUAUGUGUGGGGUUGUUAUAAUAAAUGACCUGUGAUACAUUGUUUUAAUAACUAAGUGAAUAAGCGGGCUAUUCUGUGGAACAUACAGUGAUGGACUCUAGUCUUACCUGCUUCCUCACUCUUGCAUCUGAUACAAAUUUGGCAGGCCAGGCAUGUAGAAAGUCAGUUGGGCCUCAUUCUACUGGGGCAGAUACAGGCCAUGGGUUGAUUUAAAUGGAGAUGUGAAAUGAGAGUUAAGAGUUCAAGUCUGAAUAAAUCAACAACAUUUUUUGUACUGGACAUCCAUUACCACCUUCUCUUGCUUUAGCAGGUUUCCCUUCUUGGUCUUCUUUUAUUUGGUUUCAGUGUGGAUGCUACCCUAGCUGGAGUAAGAUGAUGGCAUACUGCAACUGCUUGUUUCUUUCACAUAGCAGGCACCUUGCCUGACCUGCACGGACAUUCUGUCUCUCAGUGAUCAGGCAAGUUCCUGAUCCAGGGUUUCAGUUGUAACAAUGGUUAAACUUCUUCUCUAAAAAGAGAAAAAAAUCUUCCCUCUCUUUGUUGCCCUCCUCUUCCUUGUUCCUUUUCUUUUCUAUGCUCUCCAAGCACAUUUUUAAUCAGCAUGUUUCCAUCACCCCCAGGUAAUUGUAGCUGUGGCCCUCCCUCUUGCAAAUAUUUUAUUUCCCUCAUGAUUGUUACCUAGUUCCAAUAACCCCAAUUUAUCCUAUGCCACAGCACAUUUCCUCAUGAUGGGACUAUAACUUGCACCUUCUAUUUAAAACCUUCUGUUUAAACUGAUACUAAAAUAAUUAAAAUACCAACUAACAAUUUAAAAACUGGGUAAAGCCAUCCUGAGAUGCUAUGUAUAAGGGAUGGCAUAUAAAAGCUUUAAACAAAUAAGGCUUUGGCCUGGUGCCAGAAUAAAUAAAGUAUCAGCAUCUGGCACACCUCUCUGGGGAGUGUGUGCCAUAAUCGGGGCACUAUAGCAGAAAAGAUCCUCCUCAUAAUAGCCCUCCUCACCUCUUUCAAGGAGAGCUCUCGGAGAAGGACCCCAGCAGAUGACCUUAAGCAGGCUCACAUGGAAGAUGUUCCUUUAGAUAACCAGACCCCAAACAGGGCUUUAUAUGUUAUCAUUAGCCCCUUAAAUUAGGCCCAGACUUCAGUUGGUAACCAGUGUAGAUGAUAUAGGACCAUCAUAGUAGGCUCUCGUCUACCAGUCCCAGUCGGCAAUCUGGCUGCUCUAUUUUAACCACUGGCAAUAUCUGAACCAUCUUCAGGGGCAGCCCCAUGUAAAGCAUAUUACAAUAGUCCAAAUGGGAGGUUACCAGUGCAUGAGUUACUGUUGUUAGGGCUUGUCUGUCCAGCAAAGGAUGCAGCUGAUGAGCCAGCCUUAGCUGAAGGAAAGCACUCCUUGCCACAGAUGCCACCUGGGAUUCCCGGGAUAGCUCUGGGUCAAGGAGUACUCCCAAUCUGCAUACCCUGUCACUUGGGGAGAGUGCAGCCCUAUCCAAGACAGGGCAAAUAACAUUCACCUGAAUGAUUGGCCCACCCACCAGCAACACUUCUAUCUUACCUGGACUGAGGCUUAAUUUACUGGCCUUCAUCCAGUCCAUCAUACUGUCCAGACACCUGUUUAGCACAGUCACCACCUCACCUGGAUUAGAUGAAAAGGAGAGGUAGAACUGGGUGUCAACAGCAUACUGAUGCAAAUACAGGGCUUAUGCAGUAGAUUUGGACAGACAAUUGGAUUUUUAUUUUGAGUCAAUGGUGCUUUUGCCAUUUUCUAUUUUGAAUGCUAAAUAUGGUUUGCCCAGUGGAGCUGAAUGGGUUAUUUAGGUUUGGCUCUGUAUUUGCAGUGUCAGAGUCUCCUCCAUUUUUAGAAGUGCUUCAAGUUGUUCAGAUACAUCAACCCACAAUUCAGGUCUAGAAAUAUUUUAUGGUAACUAUGAAACACAGGAUCUUGAAUGGAAUAGCAAAUUGAACUAUCCUGUUGUACCCAAUUAGUGGAUUGCUGCAUUAGUUCUGUCUUAGAAAUGUCAGUGGAUGGUUACACCUUAACUAGCACAACCUUUUCUUCUGGCUAUAUUGGACUCUGUAAUGUGAUUUUAAUGCAGAUUUGUCUGAAAUGGCUGACUGUUGGAGAUGUAAUUCAUCUAACACUUAUCUCACCCUUAUGCUUUGAUAGUGGUUUUCUUUUUGGGAGGAGGUUAUAAUAUGGAAAAACUGUUAGAAAAUUCUUUAAUAUUUACUGAUGUGCAUGUGUUCCUCAAUUAUUUACCUGUUUCUUGAAAUUUAACACAAGAUCAAAAUAAAUUGAUUUACUGCGCCCAUUUGACAGCUAAAAGAUAGAUACAAUAUUGGAAAACAGACCCUUAAUAAUGUAAUGGAUUGAGGAAUUUAGGAUGCUUUCAACUUUUGAAUGGGUAUCAUAACCUAUGAAUGGAUAAAUACAUAAAGCUGACGCAUAUUUAUGUUCAUGGAUAGUCGUGUAUCUCUAUACAUAACAUUUUGAGCAUAUAUUUUAGAUUCACCCACUGUAAUCAAUCUAUUCAAAUUUUAUGUAAGAAACUAUUUUAUGUAUUUUAUAUAGAUUUACUGAAGAAGUAUUAUUUAAAAAGAAUACACCCAUUGAAAUGAAUGGGACUUAAGAUAGUCAUGAUUGAAGUCCCUUUCAUUCCAAUUUAUCCUCUUUGAAACAUAUGCUGGAUUUAAUCCUGUAUGGUAAAGUAAGGAAGGAGGUGUUUUCAUGUCAGUGUGUACUGGGUUGGGGAUUGUCUGCAUGGCACUCUGAUAGGGAGUUGACUGUGCUGUCAUCUGUAAUAGAGUGCAUUACAGUUGUCAGUGGUCAAGUUAUAAAUAGAAGGAUAAGUAAAAGGUAAGCCUACUAAUAGCAAACUCAUUUAUGUAGGUAUGUAUCUUUAUGUAGUCAAAACAGCACCAUCCAUGCACAACAGUAAGGUAUCUGGUAGCUUAGGAGAACUUCAGGUUUUACAGAAGUACUAGCUAUAUACCUGGGAAAAUCCCCAAGGAAGGAGUACCUUAUGACAAUGGUUCCCAACCUUUUUUUCAUGUGCAUACCGCUUGGCACUCCAUUUCCAUAAAUUGUAUCUUUCAUAUUAGCAAAAUGCAAUUAAUACAGUUGCUGUUAUUUCCACCAUUAUUCAUUUUUUCACAUACCCCUAAAUGCCCUAGUUUGUACUCCUUGGGGUAUUUGUACCCAAGGUUAGGAAUCAAUGUCUUAUGAGAACAGAGCAUGGAAUACUGACUCACUGUGGGGUGGGGUAGAAACUUGUGGUGAAAGGACAUAUGGAAUGGUGUAUUUCAAAAGACAGCCUGGCUGGCUGGUACUCUGAAAAAGAGCAGUCCACACUACAGUUGUUUGUUGAAAGUCUCAGUUGUUGAAAGCUGUGUCUAUAAUGACCUUGGGUGCUGUUCUGCAAGAAACGGAUUACCCUCCGAAUCUGGUCAACUUGGGUUCUAUUAAUCAUGUUAUAUAAAAGAUAUUCACUAACGUGCACCAAAAAAAGUCUGCCAGUAGGGCAGGGCCAUAGGAGUGCCCAACCUGUGUGCAAAUAGUCUUUUCCAAUCCAUUUUAAAGCUGUUAAACUGCACUCAAGAAUGUUUCCAUCAUACCCACCAGCUUCAUUCCUGCUUUUUAAAUUGUUUGCUUAGUGUGCAGCCUGAAGAAAAAAAUUUCAAAGUUAGCUUGCUACUUCAUGAAGUUUCAGUUGGGCCUAAGGAAAGGGUUACACUACUGUUGGAUGUUAGUUCUUUCUACUGAAUGACAUAGUUAUCUGUAUUUUAUGCUUACACUGUAAUCUAGUUAUUUUAAAAUGCAAUUUUUAAAAUCCAUUUUUUUUGGCAUACAGCUGUUCUUUUCAACUUGGCAAAGUUUGGCUAUCAAGUUGGAGGAUCCUUUUUAAGAUGUCUUUACAUUCAGUUCAAAAGUCAGAUCAGAUAUCAUUUUUGCAUCCAUUUGUACUAAGAGUUUUUCUAAUUUCCUAACAGCCCAAUGCAUAAUGAUCCUAGUAAUACAGUUGGUUGAUAAGGGUGCACAAACUGGAAACUCAGUUCUAUGGAAUACUCCUGCACUUAGCAGAGGAAGGUAAUAACACAUUAGACCAUUCUGUUUGUUUCUAUUUUUUCUUGUUUCUGACUUUGCUUUUCUCUUCUUUUUUCUUAUUGUAAGGUUAUAUUGAGGUUGUAGGGGCAUGAGAUCACAAAAGUUGUGUUAUAUUUUAUAAUGGUAUUCAUCAGCCUACAUGUUGAAGUUAUGUUUUAUGUUAAUGUUUUAAAAAUAGGUAAACAAAAUGGAGUAUUAACGGAAUUGUUUAAAUUUUACAUUAUAGGACUAUUUAUAAGAAAGAUUAACAAGAUACUUAUUUUAUUUCAUGGUAGAGCACUAUCCUGGUUUAUUUAUUCUUUGUGGGCCACCACAUAUUCUAACCAUUAGCCCCUGUACAGGAAGCCACUUACAUUCUACUUUGCAGUACGUGAAUGGGGGUUGUUACUGAUAUUUAGGGUGACAUGCUAUCUGACAUGCUAUCUCACACCAUCUCUGGUAUGGCUUAUAGAUGGCUUAUAGAUCUCCAGGGCUGGGUCAGGAAGUUUUAGUAAGCUUUGGGUAUAAUUUGAAAAGUAAUAAAAUAUGAGUAGUAUUUUUGUUUUGCACAUAAGACUGGAAAAUACUGCCUCUAGCACUGUGUGUUGCAUUGGGUCAGGAUGAUUAUUUCAUUUUUGUACGACCCAAUAGCUGAAGCUCUUUAGGCAGUUAAAACUAUGAUACAAGAUAAUUAAAAAAAAUAAACUUCUAACAUACAACAUUUUAUGUAGGAUACAGUUCUAUGGGUUGUGCUCUCAGGUCCCUGAACCUGGAGACUUAACUACCAUCCUAUACAGCCACCUCCCCCAACCUUGUGCCAUCCAAACACAUUUAGACUACAACACCCAGAAUUCCCAGUCAAUGGCCCUGCUGGAUAGGACUUCUGGGAGUUGCAGUUCAAAUGCCUGUGAAGGCCACCAGGUUGGGGAAGGCUGCUAUACAGGGUAAGAGCAAGAGUAAAAGCAUUCUUCCUUGUCCUGCCCUUGCACCCUGUUUUUUGUUAAAUGGGCAUUUGUCCCCAUCUAACAAAAGUGUUUCAGAGUAGAGAGGAGGAGGUUAAAUAAGGCUUGGGAUCACUCCUCACUAAAAUCCCUCUUUCCUCCUCUCCAAGAUCAUGUUUCCAACUUUAGAGAGGCAGCCAGAACAGUUUGUUCAACCAGUUGCUAUGGGGAGGGAGGUGGGGAGGGAGCUGAGAAACUGAAAUAUCUUGUGGCACUUCAGACACUGUCUAGAGGCUAUAGGAUUGCUCUCUUCUAAUAUAAAUAAAUAGUUGUAGUAAGAUAGCAAAGUUUUUCAAAAAUGAAUAAGAAAUAACAGAAUAGAUGUGAUAACAGUGCAACUAAAUCAGCAUAGCCUCAGAAAGCAUCAUAAAGGGCUUAGUUCUCCAGGGUCUUUGGGAAACAGUGACAAAUGAAUAUUCUACAGUUCAAGUAUCGUUACAAUUAAAGCCUUGUUUCUUGUAGAAGGUAAUCUAGCAUCCACAUAAUACUUUGACACUUCAAGCAAAGUCUUAUUGGCAUGAAACACAGAGGUCAUUAUUAAAGUGUUGACACUGCUUGAGAUUAUCAAGAUUGGGACCGUUUCCUGACCUGGACCUAACUGGAUACUGCAGUCAAUGUCUGAGAACUCCUUCAGCAUGUAACCUCAAACAGCUUCUUGGAAUGUGGGAACAAUGGAAAGGGCCUUUACAGUGUCCACUCUUUGUGACAUGGAAGACAGGGCGAGACAAACGACUUCGGGGCUGCAUUGGAACUUUCUCUGCCAUGAAUCUUCACUCAGGACUCAGGGAAUAUACAUUAACCAGUGCACUUAAGGACAGCAGAUUUCCACCCCUGACCCGUGAGGAGCUGCCUAAACUUUUCUGCUCUGUCUCCCUCCUCACUAAUUUUGAGGAUGCCACUGACUACUUGGACUGGGAGGUGGGAAUCCAUGGAAUCAGAAUUGAGUUUAUCAAUGAGAAAGGUGUCAAACGCACAGCUACAUACUUACCUGAAGUUGCUAAGGAACAAGAUUGGGAUCAGAUUCAAACAAUAGACUCCUUGCUCAGGAAAGGUGGUUUUAAGGCUCCAAUUACCAAUGACUUUAGGAAAACAAUUAAACUCACCAGAUACCGCAGUGAGAAGGUGACAAUCAGUUAUUCAGAAUACAUGGCUUCUCGUCAGCAUUGUUUUCAGAAUGGCACUCUUCAUGCCCCGCCCCUCUACAAUCAUUACUCCUGACACAAGGCUGCAUGACCAGUCCCGCUCCCCACCUGCCACUAACAGCUAUGACAUCAUUGGAGCAGAUGCCUCCUCUUCCUGGUCCAGUUACUUUUAUUACUGCACCAUUUUAUGAUGCUAGCUUCCGUUGCCAAGUCUGCCUUCCAGCUGAGGGGUGGGGGCUACCAGUGAGUGCAACUGAACUUCAGGGUCCCAAGCCUUACCUCAUCUUUCCUUCAGAAUGAGGGUUCAUUUGGAUUGAGGCUCCAAGGUUAACAGUUGCAAUUGAAUAGCAAGGAAUGGCAGUACCACUUCAAAUUGCUCUGUCCCUGUGUUAAAUUGCACUGUGUUCAUUUGAAUUGUUAAUUAUGACAGCCCCCUUGAUCAAGUAGGAGAGUUCUCCUGGCAGUCUAGGCAACGGAGUCCAACAAAAGAUUUUUAGGUUAUUUUAAUUUUUUUUAACCUCAGAUAUUUAUCUACCAUGAGCUGAUUAGUCCUAAUACACCCCAGGCAAGCAGAUGGCAUGGCCUGUUACAAGGACAGUGUGUCUGGGAGGUUUCCUCCUCCUCCUUGCAGAAGAUGGCAGUCAUUAAAAUAUUUGAAAGGGAAAACAAUAUUUACUGCAGAUAAAACCACUGCUUGCGCAUCUCCAGGAGGUUUCAGUUCUCACAUCUAGCAGCUCUUGCUUUUGAUACAGAAGGAACACAGCAUAUUAGAGAAGAUAAUAAUGCAUGUAUGAAGCAGAAGUGCUACAGGUUGUGUAUGGGAGUAGCUUAGGUUUCAUUGUCUCCUAAGAUUGUAAUCUCCCUCUUUGGGUUUCUUCUGAGUGUCUAAUUUAAAAUACAAUCUACAGUUGGAUUGGGGCAGAUCUGCUCCCUACAAAGCCAUCUUUCUAGUAAUAAAAAGGCUGUGAGAGUUGUUUAUAAGGAAACUAUGAGGCCUGUAUUUUUAACAGGCAGCAGUUUUCUCUGGUGUGAUCCUAAUUUCCAGGUCAUGAAACACAGUAAAUGUUUAAGUGUUCAUUGAAUACACAUGUCAUUGCUGCACUGGUGCUUUAGCCCUGAAUACAGGUAAUCAAAUUGAUUCAAAUUGAAAUUACUUCCAGAUAAGUAUAUUUAAAAUUGGAAACUGAGGAAUGUUUUCUACCCACACAAAAGGUUUACUUAGGUCCAUGUCUGAGUAUACUGUAAAUUUUAAAAUUUUCCUACUGUUGCUGAAUACCAGUACACUAAUAGUAAAUGGGUUUUUUUUUAAUUCCCAUACCCCAAUUCUCCUGUGUGAGUCACUAAGUGAUAUCAUGAAAGCAGGUAUUAAGAUUCCUCUUAAAAGAAUCCACAGGAAUAUAAAAUGGCAAUGCAGGACUUUGGAAAACCUUGGUAUACGGUUUGAUAGGACCCACACACACACACACACAAGAAAAAAAAUGGGGAAAGCACAGUAUAACGAGAGCUUGGGAUCAUAUAUGCAGAAUGUGUAACAGUAGCUUUUCUGGUGAAUGACUGAAAGCCAGAAAUCAUCUAGGAAUUAUAUUUUACUAUGUGAUGUAGGUUUCCAGAUCUUUGCCCUCAUGGGAAAAAGACAUAAAUGCCUUUUAUCUUGAAGUAAAGCAUCAAAGGCAGCCUGAAUAGAUGCUGUAUCACUGAAGCAUACAUAGACAUGAAUAACCUCUCUGUACUGGUGAGCAGUAAUUGCCAGUAUCUGGCUUGGUUGCACCAAGGCAAAAGCAGCCUGGAACAGGGGAAAUGUAUAUUCUGUUCUUUGCAACGGGACCAUUAAGAGUCUAGGAUGCCUCCAAAUUGCUUAUUUUCUACCACUACUGCUGCUUCUCAUGUCUCAGAAGAAAACAUACUUUUUGCGAUUCUACUUGAUGAUGAACACACAUCUAGAUGUGAGGAAAAAUAAAGAGGAGCUCAUACUCCAAAUAUCUGCAGCAGCACCCCAGCUUUGGUUUUAUACUGGAUUGUUCAUACGGAUUGCCACUUUUUCCCUUUUGAUGAUGUUGAGAUGUGUUUGGAUACGAAGGGACUGUUCCAUGAUGUCCUGCUACUGAGAAUAAAUCAGCCUUCUCACAAAUUAGAGCGAUUUGUAGUUACUGUUCCAGGUGCCCUGGACUUACAGGAGAUGGUAGAGGAGAGAGGUGAGUUCAGCUGUGGUCAUGCCAUCCAUCUGUGCUCUCAGACAGUAUUGAAACAUAGGGCUACACUAAUUAUUAUUCAAAUGUUCUAUGUUAGAAUUUAAAUUGUAAACAUUUUUUUUAAAGCAAAAAGGAAAAAAAAUGGUGCUAUCUUUCACCCCUGAGCACAUUCGGUGAGACUGGUCAUGCAGGCAUAUAGUGCCAGGCUAUACAAUCUUGCUUUUUUAAAAAAACAAGAAAUGUUUGCCCUGUUACAUGUCUUCAGCAGUGUAUAGUGUUAUUUGAUUUCAUUUUAAUAGGGGGAGGGGCAUUCAGGAGACAGUCAGGGGGCUUAAUUGCCAUUUUAAAGAACAUUUAAAGAGUGACUUUGACCUACUUGGUUUAAUUUUAUCAUUACACUGAAGUAAGGAAGGUUGGUUUUGGGAUGAGAGAUGGUCUCAUUCCCUGCCCCCGUUUCCAUCUAACCAUUUAUAGUCUGUAUAAAUGGAAAUGCCUCUGUUAAAGUUGGCUUAUGGUGUUUUCUUGUAGUCACUGGAACAGCAAGUUGGCCAUGAAGCAUUAAACAUCCCUCUGAGAAAUGGGUACGUCCGGCAUUGAUAUUGUAUAGAGUAUGGUGGAACAAGUGUGUUAGUUAUGCCAUUCCUGCAAAAUGAGUGGGGGAUGGGAGAAGAUGUCCUUUCUGUCUCAUACAUAGCAGUGAUGCACUGAGAUGAGCACAAACUAUACAGACAUCAGAAUUAUGUGGGAACCAACAAAAGAGAACCACCUGUUCUGGAGUCCUAAUCUGUUGUAUUUGUCAGCUGAUUAGUGAAUAAUGUGAAUGUAUAAGACCUUAGCAAUAGCCUUCAGGUCCGAUUGGGAAUUUGCUCAUUCUUAGCUACAAGCAAGUGCCUUUUGGUCUAGAUGGAUUAUUUCAAGACAACUGUGAUUGGUGACCUCCCUUGCUGCAGCCAUGUAUCUUUAUGAUGUACCAUACGAAGUUUCGUUUAUUUCCCCUGCCCCUCCCCACCACAGAAAUACCUCUCAUCACUGGAGGCUCAUUGUCCUGGAUAUUUUCCCUUCUAGAGUUCUUCUUUUCAUAAUGACAAAACAGCCAAUCUCAAUAGAGGCAUUCCAGUUAAAGAAUAUUUUGUUUCAAAUGUCACAUCUGCAGGUAACUGUGUAUGAAGAUUAUAAGGGCAAAGUAGUAUAACUCAAGAUUUCUUAGGUUUUUCACAAAAUUGUUUUCCCUGAAUCAUUCUUAACAUUACAGUCCUUGCUGACUGUUUUCUGUUUGUUUUCCAACAUCUCGGUUAAUUUGUUUUUCCUUUGAAAGAAGGAAUGUCUUUUGACCUUCAGUGCAAUGUCAGACCAAUUCUUUGUUAAUACACUUGGUUGCCUCCUAGCUAUAUAACUUCUGAGUGUAAAUCAUUGAACUUUACCCUCUAAUGAAGUAUUGUAGAAAAUAAAUUGUAAUGGAUACA